AUGAGUACGGUAGCUCAGGUAUCUUCGAGUGCUCUAGUAGCCUCUAAGUUUGACAAUACAGGUUCAUUCUUGGCUACGGUGGUAGUGGCCUUGGAUACUCACCAAGUUAGAGUGGUCUCAGUGAAUCAGUCAGGUGCCAGUUUGGACACAUCCUACAACCUUCCAAAUGACAACAAAGUGCUGACAUUAAGUUGGAUACCUUUCCAGGAGCAAGAACAACUCUUGGCCUUGGGGUUGACUAACGGGUCGAUCUUGUUAUAUUCUCCAUUGACAAAUGCAAUUUUGACCAGGUUAUCUACCUCAUCAAGUUCUUUGAUAACAGACUUCAAGUAUUCCGACAUAACUAAGUCUUUAUGGGCUUCAGAUAUCACGGGGGUGAUAUAUGAAUGGGGAAUGGAUUAUUCCUUGAUUCAGAAAAUUUCCAUUAAUGAAUCUUUGACGAUUGAAACUACCGAAACUGUGAAUAGUAUUGCAAUCAUAAAUCACAACUCCCAACCACAUUUAUUGGCAGGUUCCCAAUCAAUUUACCUUGUAAAUAUAAAGACCAAAGAAGUGUUGAGAACAAUUCCUGCCCACAUCCAACCUAUCCACUCCAUUGUUUCUGUUCCAACAGAUGACAAUCUUUUCAUUUCAUGUGCUAAUGGUGACAGAUUCAUUAACUUAUAUUCCUUGAAUAAGCUGGUUCCGAAUUCUGUUUUUGUGACAGACUCUCCAGUGACUGAUAUUUCCGUAGGAACGAUCAAUGAUAAGUCGAUAUUGAUAGCAAGAACUGAAACUGGUAAUGUUGAAGUGUUCAAUUCUUUCUUAUCUGAAGACGUCCCAGCUGUCAGCCAAUCCAAUUCUAGAAAGAAGAAAAGACAACAGUUGACUAACUCAAGAUCUCGUCAUGCGGAUGGUGUCAUUUCAUUGGAGCAAGUUGACUUGAAGGGCAGUGUGACGCCUAAUUUACCAGUGGUUUCUGUCAUCAUCAAGCAAAACUUGGUACUUUAUUCGUGGUUAGAGGACUUCUCUGUUCCUAUAUUCGAUACUUUGAGGUGGUUGGAUGAGAAGGCAUCAAACUCGAUUGUGGAUAAAGUUAAUUUAAGCAAAACCAAGCAAGAAAGCUCUGUUCCUCAUCAUGCUAUGAAUGGCCACGAUGUUGCAUCGGCCAAACAUUAUAACGAAGGUAAUGCUAUAGUCAGUGAUGGUUAUAACCUUAACCAUGUUGUCGAAGACGAUGAAGAUGAAGAGGAUGGAGAAGCAUUGGCCGAUAAGUUGGCCAAGUUGGCUACAGAUGCCAAAACAGUCACCCCAAAGAAGACUAAAAAACAAAAUGGAAUCAACAACAAUACACUCACCACCAUUCUUUCCCAGUCCUUAAAGAACAACGAUCAUUCGUUGUUGGAAACCGUAUUAACCAACAGAGACCAGCAGGUGAUCCAAAACACCAUCGCCCGGUUAGACUCAUCUAUGGCUAUUGUAUUAUUGGAUAGAAUUUCCGAAAGAAUUGCACGUCAAGCUAAUCGAUUUGACCAAUUAGUGUACUGGUUGAAGUGGAUAAUCAUAAUUCAUGGUGGAGUAUUGUCAUCAUUACCUGGACUUGCUGCCAAGUUUUCCAAUUUGCAUGGUAUCUUAAGUAGAAAAGCUGAUACUUUACCAAGAUUGUUGCAGUUGCAAAAUAGAAUGCAAAUAAUUAACGAGUUCAACGAUUCCAAGAAAAGCCAAGAUCACCCUUAUGAUGGCUCAGAAGAUGAAGAAAGUGAUGUCGAGUACGUGGAAGAAUUGGAUGAUGCCAACUUGUUGAAUGGAGACUUCCACUCUGGUGAUGAUUAUGUUGAUAGUGAUGAUAUGGAAGAGGACAGCGAAGAGGAAGUCGAUGCCCAUGGAAUUGCAGCUGAAGAUUUUGAAGUUGAUAAAGAAGAUGAAGAGGGUUACAGUGAUGAAGAAAUUGCUGUGGAUAAUAAAGAUGUAGAAGACUCAGAUGAAGAAUGA